UUCUGCUGCAGACAUGAUGUUUCUGCUGCAGACAUGAUGUUUCUGCUGCAGACAUGAUGUUUCUGCUGCAGACAUGAUGUUUCUGCAGUCCUUCGCAUGUUUGCCGCUGAUCCUGCAGAUUUCUGCAUCUGAAGUGGAGGUGAAACCAGGAGAAGAUGCUGUUCUGGAGUGCCGGGCUCCCAGCGGCGCCUCGGCCACGGUACUGGAGUGGACCAAAGCUGAUCUGCCAGCAGAUGAAUGUUUCUUCUUCUACCGUAAUGGCCGCUCAUAUGAAAAGUACCAGCAUCCAUCUUUCAGAGGUCGGGUUGUUCUACAGAACCCGUCUGGUGUUCAGAAUGGAGACGUCUCUGUGGUCCUGAAGAACGUCUCUCUUGAGGACAUGGGGACGUAUAGGUGUCGGGUUCUGAUGAGCAGCACAUGGAGCGGGGCGAAGGAACACUCUGAGGUCAUCCAGCUGAGAAACAUGAUGCAUUCAGGUACGUUCAGAAAAAAACAGAAAGUUCAGACCCUGGAGGAUUCUGUCCUGACCCGUCAGGAAGCUGAUGUUAACUGCUGUGUCUGAUCUGCA